GUGGAAAUUGCUGGCGCUUAUCUUGACGAACCAAUGUACUUUCCUCAUAGUCUGGAUUUUCGUGGUCGUGCAUAUCCGAUUCCGUCACAUUUGAACCACAUGGGUGAUGACUUAUGUCGCGGUUUAUUAGUCUUCAGAGAUGCAAGACCAUUAGGCAAAACUGGUUUAAGAUGGCUUAAAAUUCAUUUGGCAAAUUUAUGUGGAUAUGACAAAGUUUCAUUUAAUGAAAGAGAAGCGUUUGCUAACGAAAAUAUUGCCGAAAUAAUGGAUUCUGCAGAUUAUCCUUUGAAAGGCAAACGAUGGUGGCAAAAAGCUGAAGAUCCAUGGCAAUGCUUAGCAGCAUGCUUUGAAUUAACUGAUGCAAUACGCUCACCAUCGCCAGAACAAUAUUUGUCACAUAUUCCGAUACAUCAGGAUGGUACUUGCAAUGGAUUACAACAUUACGCCGCUCUUGGUGGUGACCUGGAGGGUGCGUCUCAAGUCAAUCUAGCACCAUCUGAUUCACCGUCGGAUAUAUAUACGGCAGUUGCUAAGAGGGUAAAAGAAUUGAUCAGAAUUGAUGCAGAAAAUGGUGAUGAAAAAGCUUUAAUAUUACUUGAUCACAUUUCUCGUAAAGUUGUUAAACAGACUGUAAUGACAACCGUGUACGGUGUGACAUUUAUUGGAGCUCGAUUGCAAAUUGAAGCUCGGCUCAAAGAAAUUGAAAGCAUACCACAAUAUCGACUUCAUGAAUUAUCACAUUAUGUUGCAAAAUGUGUGUUUAAUAGCUUAGGAGAAAUGUUUAAAGGAGCAAGAGCAAUUCAAGAAUGGUUAAGCGAAAGUGCUAAGUGGAUUUCUAAAAGCUUGCCGCCCGAGCGCGUGUUAAAAUCUGCUGAAGAGAUUAAAAAUGAAAAUGAUAAUUUAUUUGAAUUAGAAGUUGAAGAUUAUAUAAACCCUUUAAAGAAAUCCAUAGUUAAAAUUCCGCCUAAUAAAUCAGCAUCAGAUCAAAUGACUGCAGUGGUUUGGACGACUCCACUAGAUUUGCCAAUAGUUCAGCCAUAUCGAAGACCGAACAAGAGGCAAGUCAAAACCUAUCUGCAAUCCAUUAAUAUUAUAGAUUCUGAAACACCUAGUCCA